GGUUUCGGCUGCAGUGCACUCUUCCUGAGCCGGCAUCGGCCGCGCUUCGCGCGUUUUGCAGUGCGGCCCAUCAUGAAGCUGCUCGGCGGCUUCCGCUGGGAGCUCCAGCUCUUCGACGAGGACGAGGUUGACCCGGAGAGUGAGCUUUCAUCCCGGGAGACCUGCUCGUGCCUUGAUGACGCUGGCUCCUUCUUCGACGAGCCCGCUGGGAGGCUGGGAGACUUGACUCCGCUCCAGCGCAGAGAGCUGCGGGAAGCACACGCUCUCAUCCAGUCGGUGCGUCACGCACAUGGCGGGUCACCCUCCAUCUUUGCGCUGGCCGAGAGCGGCAGCUGCAGGUACGAGCUGUCGAUGACCUGGGAGUCGUCGCACGUCGCCCUCGUGACGCAAAAGAUAGAGGCGGUGCCGCUCUCGAUGCUCGAGUGCGUCGCCCUCGCACGGGAGCCGGAUCUGAUCCCGCUGCCGCGCUGGCCGGGUCUGCCGCGGAUCGAGCACAUUGCAAACGUGCACGAGUUUGCGCCAAACAAUGUGGUCUACCACGUCGCGAUCGAGCCGUGGGGACCCUUCCCCGGUUACGACUCGGUCUGCUGCGCCGUCGGCGUCGUGCGCAGCGACGUGGGCGGCGACGGCACCGGCAAGGCCUGCGUCGGCUUUGCACGCUCUCCGCCGGAGGACGAGGAGGAGCACCGUGGCUGGAGGGUGCUGCCGCGGCUGCCGCGGCGGGUGCGCAUGCACGUCGACGGCUUCGCGUGGGUGGUCGCGCCCUCCUCCGCGGUCGAGGGCCACAUCGACAUCACCACCUUCAUGAAGACCAACAUCGCCGUCCCGCACUGGCUGAUCCCGCCCUCGCUGGUGCGGUGGGUGACGCCGAAGGUCUUCCGCGGCCUCCUCUCCCUCCUCACCGAGCAGAACAAGGCGCCGUUCCGCGCCCGCGUGGCGGCGGACGAGCGCGGCUUCUACUCGGCGCUCAAGAGGCAGCUCGGACAAACGCUCUGCCGGUACCAUACCCCCGACGGCCUCAAGAUGACCGCCUGCCGCUAGCCCCAUCGAGAGGGGCCGCAUGCCCAUGCAGCGCUCCUUCAGCUCCAUCUUCCCCAGCGGCCAGCUUCAGCCUAACGCUCCUAGUUGAGCUCUCAUGAUGCCAUAGUGCUCUUGUGUACAAUUCGGUGGAUUCAUCCUUGUCGUCAAUCACAGUGUUCGCGCCGUGUCCUCUGACUCCCUGGACCCUCCUCCUCGCCGUCGGCCCGAGCGACCGUGGUUUAGACAGUUUUAGCGGAUAGUUUUUUGCUCUUAUCUGGCAUUUUGGGCUUUAU